GUCACCUGCUGCUGCUGCUGGCGAGCAGCAACCGGGGGAGUUGAGCAAUUUCGAGGUAACUGCGUUAUCUGUAAACUGCCUGGACCCCCAAAAUAAAACAUAAUACGAGGCUUGAGGUUUAGACGGAGGGAUCAGUCCUCACCAUUUUUAUCAGCACGUAGAGCUGAGCUCAGCGGGCAAAUGGAACAUCGCCGUUAGGGUGUUUUCGAGAGAAGCAGACAGAGUCAGAAUUACGCCAAAAUUACGACGGGAAUCAAGUACAGCUCCCUGUCUCCCGGUAACGGGAGAGACCAGCGGGCACCUGUCAUGUCCCGAGCCAAGGAGCGGCUGAAAAGUGGGAAAGAUACCAAGGACAGCGUCACUCUACUGCCGUGCUUUUAUUUUGUAGAGCUCCCUAUCCUGGCCUCCUCUGUUGUCAGUCUAUACUUUUUAGAACUGACGGAUAUUUUCCAACCUGUGCAUUCUGGGUACAGCUGUAAUGAUAGGAGCUUGUCUCUGCCCUACAUUCUGCCCAGACAGGAAGUCUGUCCACUACCUCUGCUCUUCAGUUUGGCCUUUGCUGCUCCCACCGUCACUAUUCUGAUUGGAGAGGCUAUUCUCUACUGCUAUCUGUCCAGGAGGUCAGCCGCACAGACUGAGGCCAACAUCAAUGCAGCAGGCUGUAAUUUUAACUCCUACAUUCGCAGGGCUGUGCGCUUCAUAGGUGUCCAUGUCUUUGGCUUGUGUGUGACGGCACUGAUAACUGACAUUCUCCAGCUGUCCACUGGACAACACACCCCCUACUGGCUGGACGUGUGCAAACCCAACCUGACCCACAUCAACAUGUCCAGUUGUGACGAGGCUUUUAUUCUAGAGGACAUCUGCUCUGGACAAGAUGCUGGACUCAUCACUGCUGGAAGGAAGUCAUUUCCCUCCCAGCAUGCAACUUUGGCUGCCUUUGCUGCAGUCUACAUCUCAAUGUACUUCAACACAGUGCUGACAGACUCUGCUAAGUUGCUGAAGCCUCUGCUGGUGUUCUCCUUCAUCAUGCUGGCCAUCCUGGCUGGACUGACCCGGAUCAUCCAGUUCAGGAACCACCCUGUUGAUGUCUACUGUGGAUGGCUGCUGGGAGCUGCCAUCGCUGUCUACCUGAGUAUAUACGCAGUGGGGAAUUUCCAGCCAAGUGAAGAUCGAUCCAGAAGAAAACCAUCUCCCCCCAUCCUGAGAGAGCCCCCCAUAUCUUCACUGCCCAACAUCAGCCAAACGACAAUGAGCAACAGUCACCAAGGUCACCACACUUUGGUUCCUAGCCAAACAGAGCCCAUCAUCACAAGGACCUCCUCCCACACGCUGUCCCCUGACCCAACGGGACCCAUCCUCAAGCGCAGCGCCUCAUAUCGAGAGCCCUCUUUGUCUAAUUUGAAGAGAGCCAGUGCUGAGGUGGAGGUGAUGAUUCCAUCCAGUCCUCCAGGCAACCAAGACAACAUGGUGACGUUCAGCAGCAGCACGCUGCCAAGGUCCCAUGGUGGCUCCAUGAUGGAAGAAGGACGCAUGCUUCGACGCCAUGCUGCCAUCCACGCUUCAAUGGACUCCACCCGAUCCAAGCAGCUCCUCAGCCAGUGGAAGAAUAAGAAUGAGAACAGGAAGCUGUCCUUACAGGCCAUGGAUGGAAUAAGACCUCAGUCUUUGUCCUCACCGCAGAGAAACAUGGAGCUACGCUGCUCCUCAGAACCAUCUGCCAUGGGCCUGGAGGUGGAGCUCCGUGGUGGAACCCACCUGCCUUCAGUAUCUGCCCAAGAAGCUGAGUUUCGUCCUGGGGCCUAUAUCCCAGCCCACUACGUGAAACUCGCAGCCAGCUCAGUCCCAAUGGCCAAUCACAAUAACCUGGUUCAUAAUGGCAACGCGGGAUUGGUCAGCGGGGCUAGAGUGUCUAUCCAAUCCCGGCCUGGGUCCUCCCAGCUGGUUCAUAUUCCUGAGGAGGAGAAUUUCACCUGCAAAGAUCAGGAGAGUGAAUCAGAGGACAGCGUCCUGGACGGUGGAGGCUCGGUCAGGGAGAAGUGGCUGAGAGUGGCUGAGAAGACCACCCUCCCCUGCAGACCACUCAGUGCUGGAGGACAACCUCGUCUGAUGCAGGUGAUAACCCUAUCAAAACAUCAGGGUUUGAUUCACUCCCCCCGGUCAGAAGAUGGUGGCAGCACCGUCAGCUGCUCAGGAUCGAUCAGAUACCGAGCCCUGAUGGACCAGGACCCAUCGCCUCCUGCCUCCACCACAGGGGCGAUAGGAGGAGGUUUGUGUGGAGGUUUGGAAAGAAGUGGCAGUAUAGUCCGUGUUGAAGCCCACCCAGAGAACAGGUCACACAAACCCAUAGUAAAACCUCCGGCCACCGACGGCAGCGGCUCCUGGCGAUGGAAACCAUCAGAACGGGCGUCGCUCCGACAGUCAUCUUUUCCUCUCAACGACCUAAACAGGCACACGGACAGCUGUGAUUCGCUGAAGGACGGAGGGUCAGUGGACGGACAGAGGAGUGUGAUGGGGACUGAAAGUGAGAAUGAAGGUGUUGGAGAUAUGGGCGGAGGAAGAGGAGGAGCUUUAUACACAAACCACCCACAUGCUUUACAUCCGGUUCAUCCUUUACAUCCAAACAACUCCAACAACUUCCAGCACUCCGAAUUUAAUCCCAACGACCCCAAUAACCCCAACUUCAACAACGCCCCGUCCAACUUCAACCCUAAUUCUGCCAACCUGCCGUUUAUGCCCAAUACUACCUACGCACCUCCUUUUCACCCACACCCUCAGGCCAUCACUACCAUCAGGGUGACCCCAGUAGAGGUCAGUGCUGCAGCCAGUGACACAGGCUCAGACUGCCAGUCGGUGGCCUCGUCCAGCCGGGAAUCCACCCUCAGGAGGAAGAAUACCUCCAACAUAAUCCAUGUCCCCGAUCGAGGGCCUACCCCAGACCUCCGCAACAACCACCGUGUCUGUGACGUCAGCACCCACGUGGACCAGGAGAGCAGCAACUCUUUCCAUGAACACCUCAGAAGUUUUCAAGAAAACCCUAUACACCCCAUUCACCCCAGCCGUGCCAACAUGCCAAUGCAGGGGCUGAUGAGGCGUCCCAGCCCGACCCCUCCUCCGACCUUACCCCGCCCUAUUCUGACACGCACCCCUCCUCCUAGUCUCGGGUAUGACUCUAGAGAAUGACACCCACUGUGAUGAAUUUUUUCCACUAAAUCUAAUGCUAGAAAGAGUGGAAAAAUUCUGUCUGGGCAAAAAAAAAAAUUUAAUUACCAGAAAUCUGUACGCAUGAUGGUAAAGUAGGGCCAAAAAGGGUUGAUUUCAUAAAAAAAACCCACAAAUAAAAUUCAGUAAAAUCAAGUCAAAUUUCAGCAUGACUAGCAGGCUAGGUAGAAGUCAGAUCCUUGUGAAAUACACUGAAUGGUCCAACAUGGUUCCAGUGUCCUGUUGGUGGAAAAACUGCAGACUUGUGCAGACACUACUAUUAACAGGCUGGGUGUAUUGACGAUUUUAAUCGUGUACUAUAUUGUGUAGUAUAUGGGUUUAAAACGAUCAAAGAAGAAAUGGUGACUUUUCAUGUGUGGAAUCAACUUUUAUAUUGUACGCUAGAGAAAAACAGACGACAUUUCUGAAGCUGAAGGAUUGAUUGAACAAGUGACGAAGGCACAAGAUGAAGAAUAAGACAUUAUUGCUGAUUGGUCAACUCACCCAGAACUGAAGGACUUCUACAGGAACGAGUGAGUAUGGGUUUACAAUGAUGACUGCUGUCCUGAAUCUGUAUGAGAUAACGUCCUAAUGCUAACUAUUUCAUAAAUAUGACAUCACACUCUCAGCUACUUCUGCUCAUCUCGUCAUGGAGACACAGUUGUAUCGGCUUGUUUUUACUCAGUAAUCUGUUCGACCUUUAAUCAGAGUUGUCUCGAACCAUUGUGGGGCUGUGGGUUGUAAUAUGCCACCGUCUGUGUGGCCUGCACCAAGAGCUGGUUCAGUGUUCAAUAACAUGAAAGCCCACUCUGACUUUAAGCACAAAGAGUGUGGUGUGAUGAGUGGAUGAUCCAUGCUGCGUCUGCUGAGCUCAACAAGCUUCUUUUGUCACAACACCGUUGUCCUUUAGGUCUCCAGUCGAGCUUUUCCAUUUUCAGUGGUUGUCUGAUGACACAACAGAACUGAUUCUGAGUAGAGAAGAUGCACAAGAUAUAUUAUAGUAUUUGAAAAGAUUUGUUUAAAAGUGUUUAAAAGUCUUCAUUUUGCCAGGCUUCUAUAUCAGUAGUUCAAGUGGUUGGUAGGUGUGUUUUAAAUGCUUGCUGAUCAUUUACACACGUGUUUGGUGGUUUAAAUAUCACUUUAUAUGACAUUAAAUAUAUAUAUAUAUAUAUAUAUACAUAUAUAUUUAUAUAUAGUAUGGUAAUUUUGAAUGUGAAUGUUAACAAAAAUCCAUGUGCAAUAACUGGGAUUGAAUUUUCGAGGUAGACGUUAGGGCUGAGAUAUUGUUGUUACACUGAUAUAAAAUAUUCGGCUGGUUGUACCUUAGUCACAAACUAUAGUACAUGUACCACAUGUGGUACUCGCUAGUGGUAUACGGGGAAUGUGAUUUUUGACAUUGAAGUGCCAGAUGAAGUACUACUUCAUGUACUACAUGUGAGCCUUUGGCUUAAAAACAGGCACAUUUUCUUAUCAGAGAACGAGUGAAUUCUCUUCUUUGUAUAUUUAACUCCACAGGUGAUGAUGGUCAGACUGGUAGUACUCUGAGUGCCAAAUAUUAUCCCAGGUGGUACACGGUGUAAAAAGUCCAGGAACCACUGCUUUAGUUCAUUAUUGUCAUCAUUGCCCUGAUGAUAAAUAUGUGCCAAAUCUUCAGCCAAGCCUGAUCCAAUCACUGAAGAACACAAUUAGACAGUAUUUAAGCCAUUUGAUAAUUUAAAACAAAUUUUAUAAAAAAAAAAUAUAUAUAAUUGCUCCCCUUAGCCCAAAGCUACAUAAGCUGCCUGAAGAAUGUACAUAUACUGAAUCUCCAAUGACAUAAAGUAUUAUCAUCAAAAUUAAAUUUAACAUGAAUAUAAUUUAAAAAAAAUAUUUUUAAAAAAUGGUAACUUUUUUAUACUAAUCUGUAAUAACAGGAGUUUUCUACAUUAGGACUGUGAUCAAAUAUUGCAGUCACUUAAAGAGAGUUUAGCCUGCUUAACGAUGGCACAGGAGUUAGUUCGUUAAUGAAAUGAACGUGAUGUAACGAGCCUGCUGUUACUUUUUUAAUAUAAUAUAUUUAUAGUUAAAUACACUUUCUACAUGCAGAAUGAGUCCAGUGUUGGUUGUAGUUUGCAACACCAGCAGAGGUGUGUUUAACUGAACUGACGGCUGCUGUAUUAUUGUACAUAAUAACUGUGUACAGACAGAGAACACGUGUUCUCACCCAUGACUGUCAUCAUGUUGCUGGUUCUCAUCUAAGUCUGUAUUCAUAUGGUUUUUGUUCAUUUAUUUAGAAAAAUGAAAGAGAAAUUGCCGUGCAGUAAAAGAGGUUCGAUCCCCUGUGGUCGUAGUCCUUCUGUAGCUGAGUUGCACGUUCACAUGCAGGAUUAGGUUAAUUACUCACUCUUUAUUAACAUUAGUUUUCCCAUCACCCCCACCCACAUGACCUUGUAAAAUUAAUAAUAGAGUUUCUGCAGCUGUGUCUGACUCGGUCAGACUCUAGUGUGUGUGUAAAGUAUGUAUGUGUGUCUGUGUGGGUGCGGGAAAGAGGUCUCACAUUUCACUUUAUGUGCCAACAACCCACUUCUCCUUUUCAUACUGUUCUUGUCACAGAUAUUACAUAAUCCUCAUGCAGUAAUGAAGUACUCCAUUACAACUGGUAGUACUGUGAAAAAAACAACUGUAAUCAUCAGUAAGUUGUUUACAAUGUUUAAAGAGAAGGUCAUUCUAAUGGGAUGGAUUUGGAAGAAGCACAACUUGGUAAAAGGGUUAGUUUUAGAAAAAAACACCAGCAAAUAUCAGCUUGGUGUGUUAAUCUGAACAAUUUGUUUUAUAAAAUUUUUUUUUUUGUCACGGUUUAAGGCUACAGGAGAAGUAAUGUUUACAGAUUUAAUGUCUCCUUAUAUUUCUGUCUGUUUCUCAGUACCAGCUGCUUUGUCAUUAGCUCAUGGAAUUCUUAUUGUAAAUCCCUUUUUACAAAAAAUAUACUCUUCUUAUAUCUAAAUAUAUCUUCUUAACUUUUUAGUUUCACAAAAACAAGAUUAAGAUUUUGUCAGCAGUUCAGGUCACUGCUUUGCUUGCUUGAGUUUAUGCUUCCUAAAAAUAAUUCAAUUUUAUUUGUCACUCACAAAAUGUGAAGACAUCUUAUUUUUUGUGUUGUAAUUUUUAAAACACUAAAAUUUCAGAUUUGUUCCAUUUUUCUUCUACAUUUUACAGUAUUGUUUAGGCUACAUAGCCAGCAUACUUAUCUCGCUUGUUUUGUAUUGUUAAGCAUAUGUUCUCACUCAACUUAAUGGUCCUGGUAAGGUAAGGACACAGUGUUUAGAUUUUUAUGUACAGUAUUUGUGUAUAUAAAAUUGACUAAAUGUCCUGUAUAUUGGUAAUAUAUUGUUUGGCGAUGAGAAUUGCAGUUGCCUUUUAUAUUAGCAGCUGCACUAGCGAGCGUUAUUUAGUCGGUGAGUUUUCUUUUAAAACCUGUAAUAAUAUGGUUCAGUGUGUUGAUAUACUACGAAUUUAUGUAUUUUAAAGACAUAUAGUAUUUAUUUCUGUAUCGUUCCAUUGGUAAUCAACUGGGUUAACUGUGAAACUAAGGUGAAAAUCAAUGGAUGUUUUUAUUUGGAACAGUUACUAAACACUGCUUAAUUUUUUAAAAAAAAAUUUGUCAGUGAAGCUCAGCUGUUUGGUUUU